AUGAGAGCAUAAUUUCCAACAUAGAAAUCAUCCUUUUAUCAUUAAUCACAACAACUAGACUAUUAAGUUCUCCCCACUUGAAUAUAAGAGAAUAAAGAGCUGAUAUAUCAGUAACUAGUAGAGUCGCAUAAAUAAUCAAAUAUUCUACAAGGCCAAAAACUACAAUAAUUACAACUACUACUUAUAGACCAAUCAUUGAGACAAGAAAAGUUAGGCUCUCUACAGAUAAGAGCUAUUAAGCACUUGAAUCGCAUAUCAAAUAAUUAAACUAAGAGAACCAGCAAUAACAUCUACGAAUUUUUGAACUUCAAUAAGAAAUUGAUUAGACAUUUACAAGUCAAAAACAAAAAAAACGAACAUUUACUGAUAGAUAACAUUAAAAAAUUAUAUGAAGAAUCAUAAAUUAAUCACAAAUCUGAGAUUGAAUAUCUUACAUAAUAAAAACUAUAUACACAACUUAAUUUUAACAUUCUGAUGAUUAAGUAUAGUACUUAACUUCAUAAAUAAAAAAAUAAUCAAUCAAUUGGAACUUAGAAAAUUAAAUUGCUUUCCUUACAACUGAAAUGGAAAGUUUAAUAAUAAAAUUAUUGAAAAAAACAAUGUUAUUGAACAGCUGACAAAAAAAAUUAAUUAAUUCAACUCUUAAAUAAUUAGUAAGGAAAAUGUAAUUGAAAUUUUAGAAUUUAAUGCGUCUAAAUUGAAAAACAAUUUUAGGAGGUUUUAUUAAUAAGAAUAAUAGGAGAGAAAUAUAUUCAUUUUGAAUCAAGACGAGAAAACUAUAGAAUAAUAUACUUUUAUUUUAGAAUAAAAAAGAACAAUUAUAAUAAUUACUAGGUAAUAUAAAAUCGUUCGAAAUGAGAUCUUAAGAAUGAUAAACUACUUAAUAUUAGGAAAUUGACAAUAUAACGCUUAGGUUGGACUCAGCUACAUAGAAAAUUGAUUAUUAUUUAAUAGAAUCUAAUCAGCUACAAAAAUAUCGAAAUAUCUUGUAAAUUGAAUUAGAAAUGUAAAAUAAGAUAAUUCAAAAAUAUUAGAAGAAAUUCAUCUAUUUAAUUAUUUAUCUACAGAUUAAAAUAAAAUAAUUGAGAAAUUUAAAUUUGAUCAUAAUUAACAAUUAAUUUCUGUUUAAUAAGACUUCAACUAUGAACUUUUAUCAAAAAAUGAUUUAUUUGAACAAAUUAAAUCUUAAUUUUAAUCUGAUUUAAAUACGAUGA